UUAGUUGCCUAGCUCUUCAUUUCGUGUUUCGUGUGGCGUACGCUGUGUAUGACAUAUCUGGACAUCAUAAAAUAUAUUGUACUUGUAACGUUGAUACUUCCAACUCAAAGUCGGGAUAAAAAGUAAUAUCUCACAUUGGUCAUUUGAUCGAAAUCGAUGUUGAUCGUGAAGAUUCAAAUUCCCUCAAAAUGUUAAAAAUUAUUUACGCAACACUGUGGCAGAAAGUUAUAUAAAUAGCAUGACCUUAAGUCAAUUUACGGAGACAUUACUGAAGAACGAACUCAACGAUGACUAAAAAAUGAAGAAAGUUGCUGACUGUGCGAGUAAUUGCGAAUUACCAAAUUUCACAUUAAUGUCUUUGAAGACCAUUGUAUAAUUCCGUAAACGUAGAUGUAAGUGACAUUAGAGCGCGGUUGUAAACUUGUUGUAAACCAUAAAAGCACGUUUCAAAUUCUCAUUUUAUCAAUACAAAAUAGCAAUUACAAUGUCUUUAAUCGUUAAGAAGUGAGAAAUAUUUGCGAGUUUCUUUAUUUUUAACAUUUUUACAUUUUAUUGUUUAAUUUAUUCACCUUUAUUGUUAACAUUUUUUCACCUUUAUCGUUAACAAAGUUUUACAGUUAAAAAAGAAUAGAAUAUAGUACGAAAAUGGAUAGCUACGGACGUUUCAUGAAAUACUUUCUGUUCGCCGUAAACCUUAUCAUCUUCAUUAUCGCAACUGCCAUAAUCAUUAUAAGCGUGUGGGGUCUGGUUAAAAUGCCAGAGUGGGUAAAACAGAAGUUCCCCGAUUCGAAAUUAAAUGUUUUUGUUAUUAAUUUACUGAUCGUCGGAAUGAUCUUGCUGUCUAUCGCAAUCUUCGGAAUCAUUGCUGCCUUGCAAAAAGUCAAGUGUAUGCUUCUGACGUACGCCAUAAUCGUAUUUUUAUUAUUUGUGAUUACGAUAAUCGGUACCGUCCUGCACUGUAUUCACUAUAACGAAAAUAAUAAGUCACUCGAAAAAACAAUGACAAAUUUGCUCAAACGAUACUACAAUGAUAGAGAAUCUACUCGCACCUUUUGGGACAAAUGGCAGCCGGAGUUACAAUGUUGCGGCGUUAAUAGCUGGAAGGACUGGGAAACGCAUGGUCUUAAAGUACCAGCCAGCUGUUGUAUGUAUAGCCAGUUGUUCAAUCGGACGUCGCAUUGCAACGGUAACCGGAAUAUUUACACGGAGGGUUGCAUAAACAAACUAGAAGGCCAAUAUUCUAUAAACAUUGUAAAUGGUAGCACUAUUCCAUUCAUAUGCCUCACGUUCUUCGGAAUAAUAUCCUCCUGUAUGCUCUACAAAAAGCUUAAAAACCAACCAAAUAUAUUACAUGAAGCUGGUCCUAAUAAUCAGGAUCCAGAAAGUGUGGGUCUCCAAAAUCUUUAGAAGAUUCAAGCAGUUUUACCAAUUAAUAAAAUUAAUUGUCGCUAUAAACGCGGUUGAUUAAUUAUCACAUCGUGAUAAUUAAAAUAAAAUGGAUUUCUAUCCGGUUGCUUUCGCAA